AUGUUUGGUUCAGCAAUCGCGUCUAUAUCCUCGGGGAGAGAAGCAUGGAUCCGCCGAGUCAUCUUCUUCGGCCUGCACCUGAUGCUUCUCCAAUCUCUAACACAAUGUGUCUGUGUUUUAUAUUUAUAUGGGACUCAAAAAGUCGAUGAGUCCAUGACUCCUAGCCUAAUAAUCGGCCUGGUAGCUUCAUUCCUUUCGGUGCCGUUCGUUAUUCUCCAUACAAUCCUCUCGUGGCAAUAUAGAAAGAUACCAAGCCUGAAUAUUCCCCGGAAUGCUCUUCAUAUUGCUUGUUCCCAUCUUCCGCGCGUCAUGAUCGUGAUGUGGCUAUCUGCUGCUGUGGCUGGCUUGGUCAUAGUCUCGAAGCAAGCAUCAUGCGUAACAGCAGACCUAUCCCACAGUUUCUGGCAAGCCGGUACAGGUUGCCAAAUUCAUCGUGGCUUGGUGAUAAUCUCCAUUCUGGCUUUUUUCACUGUGUCUACCCUCUUUUGCUGCUUUCAGGUCUCCAAGCGGCCAUAUGACGCCUCUUUAUUGUCUAUGGGUGCACCACAGCGAGCAGCUCGGGCUGGAAGCAUUUUUUCAGACUCGAGCUGGGAAAGUGAAGCUCUCAAGCAUGAGAUCUUCUAUCUUUGCCGUCAUCCUGAUGCCGGGCCUGGUAAUGGAGAGCUUUACUGGUCCCCUAAUGACAGCUCCCUGCUCGAAACUCCUGUUCGACCUCCCAGUAUUCGAUAUUCGGGACCAAACCGAGCCCGCCCGCAGCUUCACGUCAACACACGAGCCAACUCCGUGCGGCCAUCUAUAUCUACAUCGCCAACAGCUACAUCACCGAGAAUCUCCCCACUAUAUGAAGUGCACAGAUCAACUAGCACUGCAAGCAGUGUCUCUCCGCUCUCACGAAACCCGUCUUUGUCAUCUUCCCUUCAGCCGGGCAUCGAGGCAGCAUACACCAAACCAUUGGCACCAGUCCUUCCAGAUAUUGCCGAAUCCCCAACAAAGCCAAGCCAUACAAGGCAGAAAUCAUCAGUCUCCUCGCGGAGAUUUCUGCCCAGGGCCUGGACUGUAUCAGAACCUUUGUCGGAUGAUCCACAGAUCCGUGCUCUUGCAUCACCACCUUUGGUCUCUCUAAGCAGCGAUUCAAGCCUGUCCAGCAGCGAGUUCUCUCGUAAAGGGUCAGAUUCUAUUCUACCCUCGCCAAUCCGGCGAACUAGUGAUGCCAAUGACGUAAACGAUUCCAAUGAUAAUGAGUCUAGAGGAGCUAGGAAUGAAUCGACAGAACCAAAAGACGCACCAGUCCUUCCACCGGUGCCUUUUGUUGUCAGAAAGCCCCAGCCAUCUAAUGAAAUACCAAAAUCAAUGUCUAUCCACCACCCCCACCAUCCAAAUUAUGUUCCAUCCUCUGCGGUUGGACGAAAGUUGUCUCAAAACUUUGCUGGUCAAGGUUCUCAGCGACUUACAAACAACAAUCAUCAGGGUAAGCCCAUCCCGCGUCGCAAUACUUCGGGCUUUCCCCCUGGUCAUCACUCAAAUGUCCGUCACCAUCCUCGUUCUUCGCCGUUUUCUUCGCCGAGCCCUCCUCACGUCCGCUAUCCGGAGACGCAAUCCCCUACCCCGUUGCCCAGGCGAUCUCAAAGCCAAUACCGUCGUCAUAAUUACCAAAAUGUCGUCCAUCCUCAGCCACGGCAGCCACUAACCCCUUUGAGGCCGGCAUACACGCGCCGAUUCCAUUCGAAUGAUGGCCGAGGUUUUGAUCCAGCACGAGCCCUACCUCCGAUCCCGUGCAGCGAGGGUACAGCAACACUAUACCCGAGCACACGCCGUCCUCGAAGUUCAACAUACGGCGGGUUUCCGGGAACAGAAAACCUAGGCGAGUCGAUGAACAAGGCCAGAGCACGAACGUCUUUGAACUUAGCAGACGGAGGCGUAGCGCAGGAUGAGAACCAGAUUGCCGAGAAGAACACUUAUAGAGGAGCAGAGAGGACCAGUAUGUGCGGCGGGGGUUAA